UUCAUAACAAAACCAAUACUAAUUUUUCUUCUUGAAAUUCAGUCUUUACGCUUACAGAUUAACUGUAAAUAUAAAAUUGAGACCAGAGCUAAAGAGGUUCUACCUUGUUAGUGCAAAAAGCAUAUAAUUGGACAAGAAUUUCAAACGAUCAAGAUCACUAUGCAUCAAAAACCGAAGCAGAGUCCGUUUUUGAAAGGCCAUGACAGUCACGUGACCACUAUUUAGUAAAAUGGCGGCCUCCAAAAAUGUUCAACAUGGACACUAAAUACACCAAGUAUUAUGGACUAUGUUUACAUCUUACCCACAUAUUUAUUACCAUGGAUGCUCAAGGUCUGUAAAUUGCAUAAAAUAAAUUAGAAAUGUCAACGAGGUCAAGGCGUGCAAGGGGUCGUCCACCCAAGACCCCUUUGUCAAAUAAUCGAACGAACUUUCUUAGAAAACCAAAAGCUUUCAGCUCUGGAACCGAUCCCAAUUCUAGAUCAAGCACACCACUUAGCGGUUCACCGUCUAGCUAUUUCUCGAAAGGUAAUGGCAGGUCACUUCGUGCCAAGAACAGGGAAACCGGUCACAGAAUUCGGCAAUACAUUAGCCAUGUGGGAUUCCUGGAUGAAGAUGACGAUAGAUCAGUGUCUUCUCUGGCAGAUCUGGAAGCUGACAGAUCAAGUGAUAUAACAACAGGUGAUUGCAAUCCAAUGGAUGAGGAUAACUCUGAUGAACCAUAUGAUGACACCAUUGAUGAUGCAGUUUCAGAUUACAGUGAAGAUAGUUUCAGUACUGUCAGUAGCUCUGUUAGUCGGAGGAGACUUUUCCAAAGAAGACCAAGGACACCAGAUGUUCCAGAUGACGUAGAAAUUCCAGAAUUAAUCCUCCCUUCUAGUUCGAAGGAUCUUCUAAUUCCAAAUGAGCAUGUUAUGCUUGCUGUAUCUGUAUAUGAAGUCCUGCGUCAUUUUAGAAUUAUUAUGAGAAUUUCUCCUUUUACUUUUGAAGAUUUUCUGGCUGCAUUGUUAAGUGAUGAACAGUGCACACUUUUGGCAGAAAUCCAUAUAUGUUUAAUCAAAGCACUACUUAGAGAAGAAGAUAGUAACAGCACAACAUUCGGUCCACACGAUCUAAAAGACAGCGUGAAUAUUGCAUUGUAUUUUACAGAUGGGAUGACAUGGCCUGAAUCUGUCCGUGCAUAUCUUGAUAGUGACACUCAUCCAGAAUUUAGACGUGUGCUACCCAUUCUUGAAAAUCCAGAUUUUCCAUUUGUUUCAUAUGAAGAUAAACUUAUAGUUUUAAAUACUCUGACAAAUUUGUUUUUGGCAACAAACAAAGUACGAGAGGAAAUUACAAAUGAGGGCAAUAUACGAUAUGAUGAUCAUUGUAGAGCUUGCCAUAAAUUAGGGGAUCUUCUAUGCUGUGAAACAUGUUCUGCUGUCUAUCAUUUGGCUUGUGUUGAUCCACCACUUGAAGAAGUUCCUGAUGAUGACUGGUUGUGUAAUGUCUGUAGGGCACAUCAGGUGAAAGGUGUGACAGAUUGUAUAUCAGAAGCUGAAAAGAGUGGAUUAUUAUGUCGGCAGGAACCUAUUGGUUAUGAUAGACAUGGUAGAAAGUAUUGGUUUUUAACAAAGAGAAUUAUUGUUGAAUCACCAGAUGAAUGCUGGUAUUACAGCACUAAAGCUCAGUUAGAAGAAUUGUUAUUUGUUAUUGAUUGUGAAGAAUGGGAGAAAGAUUUGGCAUUAGCUAUAGAAGAAAUGAAGGAAGAUAUAUUGAAGCAAAUGAAUAUAACCGAAGAGCUCACUAACACUGCCAGAGGAAAUAAAAAGUCUUUUCUCGAGCUAGAAAAUAGUAAUAUAGAAAAAGCCAGAACACAACGAGUUCUGAAGAAAGCACAAGAGGAGAGUGACAGGCUGGCAAAACUUGAAGAAGAAAAACAAAAAGAACUGGAAGAGAAAGAGAAGAAAUUGAUGGAUGAACAAGGAGAGGAAAUGGAGGUUUCAAGUGAAAGUAUAACUGAAGUGGAAAAUAUGACUAGUUCUGCUCAGUCUACAACUGUUACUACAGCUUCUGCUAUAUUGACCAAUACAUCAGACUCCAGAGAUGAAAAUCAAACAGUAACAACCCAAAUCACAACAACCAUAACCAACACAACAACCGAAACAACCGAAACAACCAUAGUUACAGAAACAUCUGCAGUUCAGUCUGAAAACACGGUAGUCAAUGAUCAAAGUAAUAAUAAUAAUAAUUCUGCCGCUACUGAGGCUGAAACCAAAGAGGAUGAGAAACCGAAAGCAAAAAUUGUUACUCUGCAGUCUCUGCUACCGAAUGCAACUAAAGGCGCCGUGUUGAAAUUGGAUGAUAAACGAGAUGGAAAUCAGGGCAAGACUGUAUUAUUUGUCAAUCGGGAAGGAGGUAAAGUUACCUUAUCUGUAGCUCCGCAGUCCAAGGCAGGUGAAAACACAGAAAAAUCAGAGAAUUCUUUAUCAGUGAUACAGAGUACAAGUACAACUACAGCAUCUUUAUUUGAAAGUAGGAAAAUGCUGACACGCUCCAAAACUGGUUCUUUGACACCGAAACAAUUUACUGACUCUAUAACGUCUACAACAACAUCUGUCAAAUCUGCUCAUAAAUCUUCAUCGGAUGAUGUUUUAGUCAUAAAUAAAGAUGGGGAAAUCACUCGAAUCAGUAGAAACAAAACAACUUCAGCAGUAGCAGUUACUCAGUCAGAAUAUUUUAGAUUAGGUAAUGAGGGCAACUACAAGAUGUUUCAAAACCAGUAUUCAACUAAUACUCUCGCUUUAAAUAAACAUCAACAUAACGAGGAUAGAGAUAAACGAAGACAUCUGUCUCAUAAGUUCAGUAUGACACCUCUUAGUGAAUUCAAAUGGAAUGGAACUGUACACGGAAACCGUAUUCUCACUGUCUCAACAUUACGACUCAGUAUCACACAGUUAGAGAACAACAUUCCUACGCCUUUCUUACAUCCCAAUUGGCCAAUACAUAGACAGAACUGGCAGAAAGCUGUACACAUGUGUCAGAAUCCUCAAGAUUUUGGCUUGGCUUUGGCUAUUUUAGAGGCUUGUAUUAAACCUGUUGUGUGUAAUCCAGUUUGGUCAGAUCAUUUAGGGCAUUGUCGACUGCAAAGAAUUACUGGUACUGAUAAAGAGGAGAUUAAGAAGAAAGAGAAAGAAAUUAGAAGAAGAACUGAAGAGGAAUAUGAAGGUAGACCAGCUGUUUGGAUCAAAUAUCCACUAGGCCUUAAACAUCAGGUUUGGAAGAUGAAAGGAGAAGAGUAUAGAGUAACUUUAAGUAACGGUUGGCAGUGGCUUAGUGCAGCACGUACCUCUCAGUAUGUUCCACAAGACAGUGUCGGUUUACGCUCAGUAGCACAACGCAUUCGACAGCGCAAAAUAAAAGAAGCUAAGGCAGCUAAACUGAACAAAAUAAAAAACAAAAAACUAGAGAGUUCUAAUUCUGCAACCGAAAUUAAAUCCGAAGAAAAAAUGGAUGUUGGUUCCAGUAAACCUAGUGAACAAUUAGACAAUUUGAAUGUGAAAAUGGAAGUCGAUACCAGUAAUUCUAGUGAACAAUUAGACAAUUCGGGUGCUAAAAUAGGCGAUGAGGUCAUUAAAUCUAGUGAACAAUUAGACAGUUCGAAUGUGAAAAUGGAAGUAGACAAUGAUAAAGUGAUCAGUGUGACUAAUACACAGGAAAGUGAAAGUAAACUAGUCAUUAAGAAAGAAGAAAUCGAAAGUAGUGAUACUAUCGAUAACAAAGAUGUAGUGAUGAAGGUCAAUAAUACAAUAAAUACUGAUAAAGAAGAAAACAAAGAUAAUGACGUGAAAGAAGAUCUGUCUUUUACAGAAGAAGACGUGAAAGAGGUGUUAAAACAUUUACCACCGAAAGUGGAUGUGGAGGUUGUCGACGUCAGUCAAUCUUUGUUACAGAGAACUUACUACCAAAAAUACACUAAACCAUAUUCGCGGUUAGAUUUAUUGCUUGAAAAACGGCAAAAACAGGAAGAAUGGGAAUCAAAGCAACGGCAAGCUUUAAAUCAGCAGAUCGCGUGGAAAAUCAAAAUGGAAAAAGAAAAGGCAGCUCAAGCAACGGAUAAAUCUGCAGAGAAAAAAUUACCUCAGUUAUUUAAAAUGAUUAAUGGAGAUGUUUCGGAACCCAGUCCCUUCAGCGAGGAAGGGGAUAACUAUGUUUGUUAUUCAUUGUUGUGUCGUACUAAAGGAAAAUCGUUUUGUUAUUCCCCUUUAUGUCGUUUAAAGUCCAAAAAAGCAACCAAUAAACUUUCAUCGUUGAAAAUCAUGAAAUCCCUGGUCAAGUCUGAAGUUGUGGAAGAUGAGGAUUCUCAGGCUUCUCUUCCUCCAUCGAUGCAAGAAGAGGAAGAAAUCGAUGUAGAAGGUGAUAAAGAUGGAGAAAAAUCAAACAGUAGUGCUUCGUCUAAUCUCCUAAACUCCAUUAAAAGUAGUCCGUCUGCCUCGAGUGAUACUGUCAAUAUAUCAAUACCCGUACCUAAAACUGUCGACGAGAGUAGUGACAAGAAAACAAUCAUUAUAAGUGGUGGUAAUACGGAAAGUGUGAGCAAGACGUUAGUGAGUUUAUCAUCGCCUACAAAACCAACACCUACCCCAAUAUCAAGUUCCGCCAUUAGUUUAUUGGCAUCUAAAGGUGUGAACAUUAACCAGGCCCAGCAGGCCUUACAAGCAGCAAUAGCAAAAAUGUCAGUGGAAGAACUGGCCUCAAAACUCCCUCCAAUCAGAAAAACUAACGCUAAAUUUAAACUGGCGCGUUUUACAAAAAUCGGUAAGCGUAAAGGUACAAAGAAAGCUAGUUUACCGGUGUGUCAGAAAUUCCAAACUUCCCAUAAAAAGAAAAGUAUAUUUGUGCUUGAAAGAAGUGAACUAAGACUUAUGUCUAGAAAAGGUGGUAUGCGGGAAGCAAGUGGUUUUAAUUAUAACUGUAAAAUGAACAAUGUGUUAUGGCCGUAUCCAUGUCACAGACCGUGGUUUAAAACAGCGUGGAGAUAUAGAACUCAAACUAUAAAAACUCUGGCCGCUGCUGCGUUACAGCUUCGUAUAUUAUGGGCAUGUAUACGAUGGGAUGAUAUGUCUAUAAAACCACCUGCUGGUGGAACUAAUACAGUUUCAACAGAAACAGAAAUCACAACUACUGAGCUGUUAAAGAGACGGGAUGUUGGAUUGUUUGGUUUAAGAUCUGAAUUUCAAGUUAGAAAGAUAGUUGUUCCAAUUGGAGUGACAAGUCAACCUAAAGAAAAAUAUACGCCACAAAGAAGUGGUUUGAGAGAGCGGAAAAGAGCAGAGUCUCCAAAAUUAACAGAACCAAGUGUAACAGAAGAUUGGGUACCGGAAGAAACAUUGGAAUUAUGGGAAAUAAAACAGUUUGGGGAAAAACUUGAAAAACAAAGGGCAGCAAUUCAAGAAAAGAUUACCGUUAACACUACACAACAGACAGCAGCACAAAUAAAGGAACGAAUGGAGCAGACGUUAAAACAGCAGCGUCUGGUUAUGCAACAGAAAAGACUACAAGAAGCAAAUGGUAAAGUUGUGACUUCAACACCAACGACUGUGACUACAUCUAUAGUAACGCUUUCAUCUUCUGCUGGGUUGAAGACGCCAAUAAAAACUGUUACUCUUUCAACUCCUGUAUCAACGUCUGCUACUGGUACACCAACCACUAUACGACAUUUACAACCUAAAACUAUUAUAGCAUCAAGUGGUAUUAUAGGUAACACAACAAUAAGACCAGGCAUGAAACUUCAACUUCCAAGUUCUACCUUAACUCUACGUCCAGCUUCUUCAGGUAUAACUUUGGCACCAAAACCAGGUACAAUAACCACAUCCACUACUGGUGCUACAACAGCCAAAAUCAUAGUUCCUUCUCAAACACAAAGUCCUAAAGUUGCUAUUCGACCACAAGUUGUUGCUCAGGGUAGUCCAGGACAAGUGCAGAGUGUCCAAAUUAUCCAGGGACCUCAAGGUCAAUUACAAGUACGAGGUUUGCUACCAGGUCAGCAAAUAAUUCGAUUACCUGAUGGCAGACUUCAGUUGAUAUCUUUAUCUUCUUCAUCUUCUGGGACUACAUCAUCCACGACUUCCUCUCCUAUACAACUCAGACAAGGAAUAUCUGUUAGACCACAGGGUACUGUCUCAACGCCAAAUUUAACACCAAGCUCUACUGCAACACAACCGACACGGGUAAUAUUGCCGGGAGGUUCAGCAACGGCUUCACUUGCAUCAGGUUCCUUGGGUGUCGUUUCUAGCAAUACAGUCACUCUUCCUGCUAAACCUGCAGGUACUAGUCUCCUGGCAACGAACCCAUCGGGUACAAAAACAACCAUUCUUACCCCUUCCGUUGCCAAGAUAAUCUCAAAACCAGUGACGGCCGUGCAGCAAAUCGUCCAGCCAACGGUAUCAAGUGCUCAAGUUGUAACUCCUACUGCUACAACUUUAAAAUCUCCACUUACAUCACCAUUAGUUGUAAAAACAGUUACUACUCCAACUGGCAUCAAAACCUUCACAUCACCAACACUUAUAAAAGCAAUAACAUCAUCCACGGGCAUCAAAACUAUUGUAACCUCACCCCAGCAGGUGACCAAGACAAUUUUAUCACCACAGGGAAUCAGAACAGCAUUACCGACACAAGUCAUUAAAACUAAUCUUGCUUCACCAGUCAUUAGCACAGUGGCUACACCCGUACAGCAGACUACAACACCCGUUGUCCAGAAGCAAGAUGCUACUCCUGUUGUUGUUACUGCUGCUGCUGCUUCUGCUACUGCUAUUCCUGUUUCUACGGGUGCCAGUCUGUCAGCUAUUACAAUACCGGGUACUCCUACAACACUCCUUCAACAACCUCGGGUUCCUCAAACUCCAUCAACCUCAACUCCAGGAACUUCAGCUCUUAAUCCACAGAAAUAUGCCAUUACACCUCAAGUUCUACAGCAAGUGGUUCGACAGGCAUUGAUGCAAAAUCAGACUCCUGAAAUACAGUCCAAACUGUUAGCGAUGCAGCGACAAAUACAGCAACAACAAGAUAAACCUGCAGUUGUACCAGUCGUAGCACCACAACCAGUAACCAAUCUACAGAACCGCGAUCGGCAACUACAAACACAGUUUCAACAACAAUUACAUAAUAAACAACAACAACUACAACAAGCUCAGGCUCUUGAAUCUGCUCGUAAAGUUAAGACUCUUAAUCCAGACGAAAAGGAAGCACUUAAUAGAUUGAUAAUAGUAGGAAACACACUCAAAGGCAUAUUAGAUAAAAUUGAGAAAGAAGAAAAGAUUGAGCAGAAGAGGCAAAGAAAAAUGGAGUCUGUCGAGGAGAAGCAGAAAAGAAUUACUGCAGCUAAACAACAAGGAGCUUUACUGAAGCAAAAAGAGGUAUUGAAGAAAGAAAUAUUGAGAAAAAGAUCUCUUAUGGAAAAAAAUUUACAGCAGGAAAUUCAGUUGGAAAUAGCCGGUCAAGUGAAAAAGAAAAAGACCUCUCCAACGAAAAUUACAACACCUAUAACUUCUCAUCCUCAACAUUUGCCGUCAGCUAGUCAAAUCAUUCGACAGCCAGUAGCAGUACCUUUAGCAGAAACAGAUAGUAAUCAUCAACCAUCCAAGAAGAAAAAACAAAAGCUCAUCUCGACUGGUAUAUCUAAAGCGUUUAAUCCUAAGGAAAGGUUAUACUGUAUAUGUAAAACACCAUAUGAUGAUACAAAGUUUUAUAUUGGAUGUGAUCUGUGUUCUAACUGGUUCCACGGAUCGUGUGUUGGUAUAACGGAAGAUCAAGCUAAUAUUAUAGAUUCCUACAUGUGUACUGACUGUCGCAAACAAAAAGAAAAUACCUCUGAAGAACUUUACUGUCUUUGUAAAACUCCAUACGAUGAAUCUCAAUUUUAUGUUGGAUGUGAUCGAUGCCAAGACUGGUUUCAUGGGGGCUGUGUUGGUAUAUCAAAAACUGAAGCUGAUAAUCUUGAAACUUAUAUUUGUCCAAACUGUCAGAAGAAAGAAAAAGAUGAUCCGAUUGCAAUGAAAAUUCUCACAGAUAAAGAAUAUGAAUCAUUAUAUCGAUUACUUCGUAGUCUAAAGAUUCAUAAAAUGGCUUGGCCCUUUUUACGUCCAGUUGAUCCAAAGACAGUUCCUGAUUAUUACCAAGUUAUUAAAGAUCCAAUGGAUUUGUCCAUUAUAGAAACCCGUGUACAUAGUAAAAGUUACCAGAGAUUGAGUGAUUUCGUUCGAGAUGUUACAAAGAUAUUUGAUAAUUGUAGAUAUUAUAAUCCAACUGGCACACCUUUUUAUCAGUGUGCUGAAGUGCUAGAAACUUAUUUUGUACAAAAACUGAAAUCGAUGCAUGAAAAAUUCUCAUAAUAUUUAUAGAAUAUCGGCCGAGUUUAGUAGCAAAGAUAUUUGUUAUUCCAUGUGUAUAAACUCCCAUUGUAUAUUUAAAGAUUGUUUUCUUGUCAUCUCAUGCAUUUAGUAUAUUCUCAUAAUAAUGUUAUAAUCAUAUACCAUUUCUGGUUAUAAGUUAUAAUCAUAUACCAUUUCUGGUUAUAAGUUAUAAUCAUAUACCAUUUCUGGUUAUAAGUUAUAAUCAUAUACCAUUUCUGGUUAUUUAUUAUUUCCAAAAAAGCGUCAAUUUAUUUAGUAUUUGUAUGUAAUGUUGAUAGUUUAUGAGGAUUUAUCUAGAUUGAAUAUUGUCCAUUACUCUUCAUUGUGAAUAAUAAAACAUAACAUUGUACAUAAAACAUUAUUAACAUGGGCAAGAAUAUUAGAUAUUCGACAAUAAGAUGUGUUGUAAUUAGCUUAGCAAAUGUUAAAUUACAAUGCACGGUUUAUUGAUGAAAUGAUGUAGAUAAAUGAAUUUUAUAUCUUCUGCUGUAUUAGUUAAUCUCUUGUUAAAUUAGAUAGUAAAAAGACUAUAAACAAUCUGAUUCAAAUAAAGAUCUAUAUUUCGUUUCAUUUUUUUAUACUUUCAAUGGCCAACACUACAUGAAGGUCUGACCAGUUGUACUGGGAGGUCGCGUCAGGUGUCGUACGAGUGGCUUUUGACCCUCUGGCGUCAGACAUUGAUUAAUCAAUCAGCGUUGAUGUUUCUAGGGGUUUACCCACAGUUCUGUGCAGAGCACGCCAAAAACUCCCUAUCCCAGACCAUUUCAUUGACUUAUUUCUUACAUCAUCCAGAAUGCGGGUUAUAGAACAACUCUUCCAGGUCCUAGUGUAGUAAAGACAAGUAAAACGAAAUUUUGAACUAUAAGAAACGAAAUGGGAUCUGUGUUUUAAUCAGAUUGUUAAAAGACUAUAAACAAUGUAUAAUUUUCAAUUUUAUAGAAUAUGUACUAUUUAUGAUAUUUACAUUUUAUUACAAUAAAUUAGUAGAAAAUGAAAGUAGGAUAUAUCUAGUUUGAUUAAAUUAAAGAUUUUGAAGAUUCUUCUAUUUCUGUGUGUAUGCCUGUGGCUCAAUACUUCCUAUUUCUUUUGUGUGCACUGAUAAAAAUUUACAAAAAUUAUAAGAUAAAACUUCAUAAGAUAUACAUUUUAAUAAAGAAAGAAAAUAAAAGGUCAUUCAAAAUAUGAAUGUUCAUCACUA